AUGGGCGGCGACGGCGGAGGAGCCGCCGGCAGCGGGGACGGCACGAGGGCGCUGGACCAGACGCCGACGUGGGCCGUGGCCGCCGUCUGCGCUGUCAUCGUCGCGGCAUCCAUCCUCCUCGAGGGCCUCCUCCACCACCUCGGGCAGUUGCUCAACGAGAAGCGGAAGAUAGCGCUGUUCGACGCUCUGGAGAAGGUUAAAUCCGAGCUGAUGACUCUGGGGUUCAUAUCGCUGCUGCUGACCGUGACGGGAAGGUACAUAGCGCACAUCUGCAUCCCGGAGGGAGCCGCCAACACCAUGCUGCCCUGCAGUCGGUCCGGCCACUCGGUGGCGGAAGAGCCGAAGGGGCAGGGCCAUGGCCGACGGCACCUGUCUGAAGAUCCGAGCAACCUUUUUUCCUGCCCCAAAGGCAUGGUGUCGCUUGUUUCAGCCGACGGCAUGCAUCAACUGCACAUUUUCGUGUUCUUCUUGGCCGUCUUCCAUGUUACUUUCAGUUUCUUCACAAUGUCCUUGGGUAGAGCAAAGACUCGUAUAUGGAAGGUGUGGGAAAAGGAAACUUGCUCCCCUGAGUAUAAUUAUUUAAAUGACCCCUCAAAGUUCAGGCUUACGCACCAAACAUCUUUUGUGAGGCAACAUGCAAGCUGUUGGAGCAAAAGCACAAUCACGCUCUAUUUUGUGAGCUUCUUUAGGCAGUUCUUCAGAUCCGUUCGGAGGACAGACUACCUUACUUUGCGACACGGAUUCAUUUCGGCUCAUUUAUCUCCGGGAACUAGGUUCAAUUUUCAAAAGUACAUCAAAAGGUCCUUGGAGGAUGAUUUCAAGACAGUUGUUGGCAUUAGUCCACCGUUAUGGGCUUCUGCUUUGGCUGUCAUGCUCUUCAAUGUUCAUGGAUGGCACAACUUGUUCUGGUUCUCUACGAUUCCCCUUGUAGUGAUUCUGGCAGUUGGAACAAAGCUGCAGGCUAUAAUUGCUAUGAUGGCUAUUGAAAUUACAGAGCGGCACACAGUUAUUCAAGGCAUGCCAGUGGUAAAACUGAGUGAUGAUCAUUUCUGGUUCGGGAAGCCUCGUUUGGUUCUCCACCUCAUCCAUUUCGCAUCAUUUCAGAAUGCAUUUGAAAUUACAUAUUUCUUUUGGAUUUGGUACGAAUUUGGCCUGAGGUCCUGCUUCCAUGACAACUUUGAGCUUAUCAUUGCAAGAGUCUGCCUUGGAGCUAUCGUCCAAUUUAUGUGCAGCUAUAUCACUCUUCCACUCUAUGCCCUUGUGUCUCAGAUGGGUUCACAAAUGAAGAGAACAAUUUUCGACGAGCAGACAGCAAAGGCCCUGAAGAAAUGGCACAAGGCCGUGGUGAAGAAGAAGCACCACAAGGGUUCAUCCCACGACUCUUCCGAGACACCUAGCACGGACACAACAACACCGGCAAGCAGGGAGGCCGGCGAGUGGCAGCGGCUGCACGAGGUGCCGGUCCGGCACCUCCGCCGGUACAAGACCAUCGCGCACGUAGGCGGCGCGAGGAGCCCGCUGUCGGACUCGGACUACAGCGACACGGACGACACCGAGCCGCUGUCGUCGUCGCAGACCAGGCACCUGAUACCGCCGGCGAAGCAGCGGAGCCUCGACACCGAGCGCGCGGAGGUGCGCGUGGACGUCGUAGAGACGGCGGCAGACAGCUUCUCGUUCCCAAGGCUGCUUCCUCCUCGCCAUGUGCCGGACAAGUCAAGUGAACAUCAGCCUGCUUAG